CUGGUCGCUUAGGAACAGGAAGCUAAAAUGGCGGCUACUCGCAGCAGCACCAGCUGCCAGGCAAUAGAAAAUCAGCUAAAGAUAUGUGGCUUUAAGAGGGAUAUGGAUGUCUCAGUGUUGUACCUUGCUGGACACGGACUAAAAGAAGUCCCUAAUCUGUCACGAUUUCAGAUCUUAAGGUAUUUGUGGCUUAACAACAAUAAGAUCCAGAAGCUAACAUUCUUGAUCAAUAAUUAUUGCUUGACAGAACUCUACCUCAACAAUAAUGAGCUCAUAGAUAUAGCAGGUGCUCUGAAACAUUUGUGUGCAUUGCAGAUCUUGUUGCUUCACAACAACCAGCUGAAAAACCUUGACACAACAGUGAAGGAACUAAAGGGAAUGAUAAGUCUGCAGACCCUAAAUCUAUUUCACAACCCUCUGUCACAAGAUCCAGGGUACCGUCUUUAUGUGACAUACUUCCUUCCCUCAGUACAACUCCUCGACAGGAAGAAAGUUACUCAAAAAGAAAGGGAAUCAGCUUUACAUAUUUACAACCAUGAAAGGUCCCGUGUUCUCCAAUCUAUAGGUUUUGGAAAGAGAAUAGAUAUGCCAUUGGUGGCUAAGACAGUAUCUACCAGAAGCAUUCCAUGCGCCAAAAGUUCGCUGCUGUCUCCAGGUUAUGAAGUUGCAAAUCACAUAAAUAAAGUUCCAUUUGCAAACCCUGAAGAUGCUGUUUUUGUGAGGGCAAUGAAGAGAUCUAUAAUGGAAUUUUCCUCUGUGGAUUGGAAUAAAAUAUCCACCUGUCUAGGAAUACGCCUUGAAAACAAACCAGAAGAACCUCCUGAGAAAUUGACAGUCAAAUUCAGAUAACUGUUUGGUUCCUUAGGAAAAUAUGUACCUACAUGUUGGAUAUUAAACUUUUAUUGUAAGUUAAUAUCCAUAAAACAUGUAUGCUAUAACUUAUACUUGAUUAAAAGAACUUUCAGCAGGAAAAUUCUAAAUUCAUUUCCUUUAAUCCCAAAUGUGGGGAUUCAAGGAUUAAGGUUAGAAAAUGCCGGUCACAGAUUUGCUGUAACUUUAUCAUAAUGUUGCCACAAAUUGAAUUCUCAUGAGUAUAAUAUUGUCUGUUGUGACAAAUUAACAAAGCAAAGCUUUACAUUAACUUUUAGGACACUAAGGAUGAAUGUAUUCAUCUUUGAUAUUCUUUGCUGGUUGGCCUCCUCUUUUCUAAAUUAAUCAGGUUUCUCUUACCACCUUAGUUUCCAACACUUCCAGGUCAGAUUAAGGCUUCAUGUGGCCUCUCUCUUUCCCAAAUGAAGUCAUUGCAAGUCAUCUCAGUGUAUAAGGUUGGUAUAUAGUCCUUAUCAUUGAUAUCUUAAUUUUAGCCCUGUUCCCAACUCCUGCUACAAUCCACUUUUGUCCUUUGCUGAUUGCUGUUUCAAAGGAAAGUGUCUGGAACUGGCAGGAGGGGAAAGUUAAUCACAUUAGGAAUGUAGAGAAGAGGCAAGGUAAGUCCAUGCUGACUUCUUACAAGAGUCCCAACCUUUCUUACUUCCUGUUGGCCAGAAACCUGUCUUUGCAAUUGUGCUCAUAGUGGUCAAGGUGAAACACUAGGAAUCUAGCCAGACAGACGUAUUAAUCACUCCUCAUGGGAACACUCUACUGCAUUGCUGUCAUGGAGAACCUCCUGAGCUGUUCCAUCAAAGGAAAGGCAGGAUUUAUCUCCCAGUGUAUGUGGGGUAGGGGAGAGCUUUUGGUAGAUCAGAGAGCCAUGAUUGAGUCCACAGAGCCUGGCCUGCAUCCCAGCAGUUAAACACUGUAGGUGCUUUAACCCAGGAUUCACAGUUAGAAGGGAUCUAAUACUUUAUCUCACAGCAGUAUGAAGCUGAGUGUGAUGUGGAAGAAAAUGUUUCAGUCUCCAGGGGAAGAGGGAAGUACAUUGCACUGGGACAGUUGCAAUGUAAAGUUACACUCUGAUUUACUCAAUUACAGAAGUAAAUUUCAUGUUGUUAAAUUCUCUGAAGAUUUUGUGUGCACUGAGCAUACUCCAGCCUAGGGCUGUAGGGACCCAAGCAUGACUUUCCCUCUGAUUGCUCCUCCCCAUUGCCGGGGCCUAUGUGCCACCAAGAAUUGGAACUGACAGCAAGGAAACUGUCUCUCCUGUGCUCUCAAUGCUCCCCCUGCGAAUAUGGAAGAGAAAGAAGAAGCUGCCUGACUGAAGCGAGGUGCAUGUGGGGAAGGUGUCUUUCAGAAGACAGAGGGUGAGGAGGAACAGAACGGGGACAGCAGGAACAGGAGCUAGUGGAGGGAGACAGGAGCUGUAGUGGGGUGCAAGGAGAGGGAGAAGAGCAGAGAGGGGCAUAUAGGUACAGAACAGGAGGAGGGCAUAAACCAGAGGAUGGAGGGGAUUAGAUAGAAGCAAAUAGGGGCAGGGGCAAGAGCCAAAUGGUGCAGGAUUGGAUAGGAACAGAAAGGUGGGGGAAGGAGGGAGGAACCAAGGUGGGGGGUAGAUAGGAGGAGAGAGAGACAGAGCCAAGGUAGGAUGGAUAGAAGUAGAGGCAGAAAGAUACAGGCAUGUGUGGGAGGGACAGGUGCAGAAAAGUCUAUAACCAUUCAGGUACACUCUCCUCCAGAACCUAGAAUUGAACCUAGAAGUCCUGCAUCUCUAUACUCCUCUGCUGUCAGAAAAUAGCUAUGAAACCCACUGGCAAGUGUGUUUGUAUGUCCUCCCCAUCUAUUGGCUGGUCCACAUAGAUGAUAACAGCCUACUAUUUCUAUCAGUUACUCCAUUAGCUCAAAUGGCAGAGGUCUGUAUUGUAGAACUAAAGGUCUAAACCCUGCUGACUACCCAAGUUGGGGGUCAAUAUGGUUCCAUAUGAUGGAAUUUGUUUUUUUCAGUUUUUUUUUUAAACCCUAAAUUAGGAAAUUAUAGCCAUAAAACUAGAUUAAAAGAAAAAUAAGGUUGCAAAAUCAAGCAUUCAAAUAUUAGGAAAUUCCAGAAUUAAGGAUGGCCGUGCAGUCUAAACUUGGGCCCAUUGUGCAUAUGUAUUAUGAUACAGUUUUAAUUAUAUGAUCAUAUGUUAUUUUUCUGAAGGACCCAGGGCCUCACAAUGGAUAGUUAUUCAAUAUUUUCAAGAUUUUUUUGAAUCCUUGUCAUUUGGUUUGUGGUCCCAGGCCUUAUUUACCACACACCAUCUACACCUUGCAUUGAAUACAAAAUUAGUAAUUUACUCCUGGCAUUUUUGUGUUCUCACCAUAGUAUCUGAGUGCUUCACAGACAUUCAUGAAUUUAUCUUUACAAUAACCCUGUGCAAUUAGGUGUUAUUAUCCCCAUCUUCCAGAUGGGGAACUGAGACACAGAUAUUUAAGGCCAAAUUUGUCUUGAUUAUCUGGACUACCUAUGAUUUUUCUAGCACUUUCUAUGGUCAAAGCUCAGCUCCAAUCAUCUUCAUUUGCAGUUGUGAGCACUCAAUACUUCUGCAUAUCUGGCCCCAUCUGUUUCACAUUGGGCACCAAGGAAAUGAGGAAUGCACAAUCAGCAGCCAACUGUGAACGUUUUCAUUUGAAUGUCUUGCCUAGCAUCACAUAGGAACUCUGUGACAGAGGCAGGGAUAGAAGUUCCCAAUUCCCCAUGGCAGCAUUCAACUGCUUUAACCAUGAGACCAUCCCUGCUGUUUCUGCAGUCCUUUACCUUGUUCACGACACAUCUUCCAACUUCUGCAACAAAUGAGACAAGCAAGGUUCCUACUGACAACAGCCUCAUUCACUAUACAACCCUGAUUUAUCUAGAGAACCAUUUGUCCUGUGAACUGGAGAUGUAAGCAAAGAUCUAAUACAUAUGCAAAAAUUAAGAUUGCAGAGGCAAUCUUAACUCUGGCAUUUCCUAACUUUUGAGUGCUUGACGUUGCAACUUUAAUGUUCUUUUAACCUAUUUUUAAUGUAAUUAUAAUGAAGCUGUUGCAAAGAAGCAGGAAGUCAGUACAAAAAAAGGGAGCUAUACUAUUUUACUGUCAACAAAGUUUUUUGAUUAAAGAACAGCUAAAUACUAGUCAACUUUCUUGGCUACAAAAUGGCUAUAGAAGGCUGUCCUGGUAGGUCAUAUCAACAGAAUUAGUCUCCCAGCAUGCCCAGUUCUUGGUGUGCAUUUCUUCUUAUGUUACAUAAGUAGUUACUCAAUAUUGUUGUGGAAAACGAGUCACACCAUCUGUUUGGUUCAAACAGUCUGAGGUUUUUUAUUGAAUACAAGCAUGCAGGGAGAGGGAGACAGAGAUGGCCACACACAGGUGCCACCCUGGUCUCUUUCUGCCCUGCCCCUACAAUACCAGUUUUAUAUAGGUUCAAAUCCAAGCCAAAUGAUACAUUUCCUUAUUAAUUAUUUUUACCACUCAAGCAUUGUUAAUAAAGCCUUAUAAGGAGAUAAUUAAAAACAGUUUUAUAAUUAGCACUGUGCUGAUGCACGUUAUUAUCAACAUCUGUGGUUUGCUUGUGGCAGCGUUUUGUCUAGGGACUUUUGCAGGGUGGAGGGUGCAUAUAAUGGACAGCUAGGGACGUUAGGCCCUUUGGCUCUUUUCUAGCUAGAGAUUGGUCUAGUCCGUUAUUUGGGUCAAAUGCCACAGCCCAGCAUACGGAAAUGCUUUUAGCUUAAGCUGAGUCUUACAGGACGCAGGCCUGUAGGCCUCUUUUGUUACCGCUCUUGCAUAUGUUGCAUAUAGUACAUAGAUUUUGCCGCAGAAUGGGAUGGGGUGAGGUCAACAGUAAUUUCACCCACAGUAUAUACAAGUCUAUUCAUCUAUAACAGUCUAUAGAGCUACAUUUUGCCUGUGAUGGCUCUUGUUGACAUCAGUGGGGACGGUACACAUAGCUGCAGACACAGUUGGCCCUUAAAGUCUUGGGUGCAGUGCAAACCACUAUAACACAAAAGAGAAGAGUUCCAUAAGGUAAAUUUCCACAUGCUCCUAAUUCUAUCCCUAACGCAAUUGAGAUAAACAUGCUAGAGAAUCAUGAAUACUUUACAGUUUCUGAGAUUAGCUGGCUUUUAGUCACUUUAGGUUUUUUUGCUCUGUGUAUGUGUGCAUGCACCCAUUUGUGUGCAUGCAUGGUUUUUAAGCCUUUUCUUUUAGGGCAGACUCAAUAUUCACAGGAAGUUUCUCGCUAGAGCAGGGGUGGAAACCAGUCUUUCUGUUUUGUAGGAAAUUCUACAAUUCUGAUUUUAUGUUCCAAUUCAAUCAGCUCUAGUUGGUGCCCUUUUGUCAUAGGCAUUCAAAAAUAUGGAUAUCCUAUUUGAAUGCUGUGCCUGGUAGUCAGUUCAAUUUUCUAAGUGUAGCCUUAGAAGGAUUUUAUGGUGAAAUGGCUGUUGAUUAGAAAAUAGAUGAGAUACAUGUGGAGACACACCUCAGAACUGGUUGCCUUGAUCCUCCAAAAAGAAAAGGAGUACUUGUGGCACCUUAGAGACUAACAAAUUUAUUUGAGCAUAAGCUUUCAUGAGCUACAGCCGAUGAAGUGAGCUGUAGCUCACGAAAGCUUA